GAAAACCAGACAAAUCCCUCUGGAGUCUGGACAGAACCUCAUUGGCUGUUCAACGGUUCAACCUGCGUGAUCUCAGCUCUACAUUCCAUCAUCUUCCCCAAUAUAAAUGUGAGCCCAGGAGCUCCACUGUCUCUCACACCAGCCCAGACUUACUCAAAGAGUCCAUUUCAAACUCAAACCCAAACCUUUUCCUUUUCUUGGUUUGCUCUCUUCAUCUCUGUGAGGAAAAUGCUGGUGUUACUCUCUCUGUUGCUUGUAUGCUUCUCAGCCUUCACAAGUCCUGCCCUUUCAGCAAAAGAGACAUAUACUGAUGGAUUUCUCCAAAAUGGAAACUUUGAAGAAGGGCCCAAGCCAACAAACCUGAACAAAACAGUCAUCAAGGGGAAACACUCACUACCCAAAUGGGUAAUCAGAGGCCUUGUUGAGUACAUCUCUAGUGGUCCACAACCCGGUGGCAUGUAUUUCGCUGUUGCUCAUGGUGUUCAUGCAGUAAGGCUUGGCAAUGAUGCCUCAAUCUCCCAAAACGUAUCAGUAAAACCGGGCUCCCUUUACUCCCUCACCUUUGGUGCUUCAAGGACUUGUGCACAGGAUGAGGUUUUAAGGGUCUCUGUGCCUCCUCUAACUGGGGAUCUUCCUCUUCAAACUUUGUACAGUAGCAAUGGAGGUGACACCUAUGCCUGGGGAUUCAGAGCCACCUCUAAGGUUGCUACGGUGAUAUUCCAAAACCCCGGUAUUCAAGAAGAUCCUUCUUGUGGACCUCUCUUGGAUGUAGUAGCCAUUAAAGAGCUUUACCCUCCCAUGCCCACAAAAUUUAACUUGGUUAAGAAUGGCGAUUUUGAAGAGGGUCCUCAUCUUUUCCAUAACUCCACCAAUGGUAUUCUCCUUCCCCCCAAGCAGCGAGACCUAGUGUCGCCACUCCCAGGGUGGAUAAUUGAAUCCACAAAAGCUGUGAAAUACAUAGACGCAAGGCAUUUCAAUGUUUACUCAGGACAAGCAGCAGUUGAGCUAGUUGCAGGCAUGGAAAGCGCAAUUGCCCAAAUCUUGAGAACAGUUCCAGGAAAAAUCUACAAUGUUACUUUCACAGUUGGAGAUGCAAGGAAUGGUUGCCAUGGAUCCAUGAUGGUUGAAGCUUUUGCAGGGAAAGAGACCCUGAAAGUCCCCUAUAAAUCCCAAGGGAAAGGUGGGUUCAAGGCUGCUGGUUUCAAGUUCACUGCUGUUGCACCCAGAACAAGACUUACAUUCUACAGUUCCUAUUACCACACAAGGAGUGAUGACUUUGGAACUCUCUGUGGCCCUGUUUUGGAUCGAGUCAUGGUUUUAUCUGUUAAGAAUUAGUUGUUUAACCAGAACAAUCAUGGGUGAUUUAAAUCAUACCAGUUAGGUUUUGUUUCGGUAUACUUUAAAACUUGGCUAUGUGUUGGAAUUUAAGUUUCAAAAUAUGGUUAUAUUUGUCUUUUCAAAUAGUCCUUUUGAGAUUUUGCUUUUA